AAGUUGGCUGCGCGAAACUUUCAGUUUUAUAAACAAGCAAAAAAGCACAUGAAACGAGUGAUUUAAUUCAAAUGUAGUUGGAAGUCAUCGCAAAUCGAGAAUAAAUAUGGCACGAACCGAGCUGGAAAUAAAGAAACAAAAACGUAAGGCCAAAAAACGUAAGCACGAAACACAGGCAGCUGGCAGCGACGACGAAGUGGCCGACAAAAGUGUAAUUGUGGAGGAGCAGCAGGUGGCAAGUGAAUCGCAAAUGGAGCAAGAUGCCCCACGAAAAGUCAAGGCAUCCAAGCGAAAGCAACAGGUGGAGCAGCCCGAUGUUAUCAAAGAGAAACGCAGUAAGUCAACAGAUGACAACAAAGAUGCUGAAGAUGACCCGGAAGACAUGCCCACAGCUGAUCAACUGGCGGAGGCAGCCAAGCCGGAGAACUCAAAUGCCAUUGUUACGGUACGCCAGAAGAAGAAACAAAAACAUUUGCAACGGCUCGAGGAGAAAAAGUAUCAGAGCUCUGACAAAGAAGCCAAGCGUAAUGAGGAAUAUCUUGUUAAGUGGCGGGACUGUCGACAGGAUUGGAAGUUUGUGAAACUACGACAGAUAUCUAUACAACAGAACGCCUUCAAUGAGCAAAAGCUGAACGCAGAUAUCUGGGCCAUUGCUUUGGAGUACCUGGCGGCGUCGAAAGGUGCCUCAAAGACAACCGUCACAAAACUGGCCCAGGACGCCAUCGAGCAGAUGGACAAACAGUGCGAGCUGCUCACCGACGAGGCGGAGCGCCAGGCCAUUCUGGAUUCAACGCGAUAUCAGCGUGCACGCAACCUGUUGCAGAGCUUCGAUUAAGCGUUAGGUUUUAUUAGUUUCGAUAUACAAAUUAUAUAUGUAGCGAGAAAUGCGUUUUUGUUAAUGUUUAGGAUUUAAUGAACAAAGUAAACGAGUUUUAUUUACAAAUCUA